CAUGAAGAUGAGAGUGAAGAUACUCCCUCACGUCUGUCACGACCUUUUUCUAAAUGUGCACUCCCUUCACUCCUGUCACUCCCAUAUGUGGACACACUAAUCAGUGAAUACCUGCACGAACACACAAUAGUAAGGACAUAGAAGAUUGACUGGCCUUAAAACUCACAGACCAGUUCUCACUCAAGACGCAAAGGCUGCUAGUAGGAUGUCUGCCUCUACCCAGGAAGAAGAGGAUCUCCCUGCCAACCACACAGGCCCAAAGGGUGUAAUUAAUGACUGGCGUAGGUUUAAGUUGGAUAGUGUGGAUCAGACUCUCCCACCAAGCAAGAAAGAACUGCUCAGACAAAUGUCCACUCCUAGAGAGGACGACAAGGAGAGGCUCAACAGAAAGAUGAGUGUUCAAGAGUACGAAUUGAUCCAAGAGGAAGACGAACGUUGCUUGAAACGCUACAGAAAACAGUGCAUGCAAGAAAUGCACGAGCGCCUGAGCUUCGGUCCAAAGUUUGAAUCAGUCUACGAACUUGACAGUGGAGAAGCCUUCCUGGAAGUAAUAGAGCAGGAGCACCGGUUGACCCUUGUGGUAGUUCACAUCUACCAACAUGGUGUCCAAGGAUGUGAGCAGCUGAACUCAUGUCUGGACUGUCUGGCUUUGGAGUACACCACUGUUAAAUUUUGUCGUAUUGAUGCUGUGGCAACAGGUGCUGCUGAGCGCUUCUCCUCUGAGGUUCUUCCUGCACUGUUGGUGUACAAAGCUGGCGAGUUACUGGGUAAUUUCCUGUCGGUUACCAAACACUUCAAUGAAGACUUCUUUGCAACAGAUGUGGAGGCGUUUCUCAAUGAAUAUGGCCUCUUACCCGAGAAGGAGUUCGCUGCAUGCGCUGAUGAUGAGGAUGAUGGAGGGGAUGUGGAAUAAGAGGAAAAGGACAAAGAAGAGGAGAAAUCAUAAACGCACAAUAGUAAUAGUAGAAUGGGUUUAUGGUUUAUUUAGAAGCAGUUGGGCAUAAACUGAAGGGUGGCUGGAAACCUGUUGAAAUACUGCUUGGCAGUCCUAUCAUAGCUCUCCAAUAAAAUAUGUCUUUAACACAAAA